AUGCCGUCGCCAGUAUUCAUUUCUCACCCUCCUCCUGGGUUCUCCGUUCUGUCUAUACUACGGGGAAUUCAGUUGUCGGUAAUUGGAUCUUAUAGGGCUUUCAUCAAUCCAGACUUGUUCAAUGCAAGGUUUUAUUCCAGAGCAAUAAGCAUUCUUAAAUGGUCUUUGAUUAUACAUGUGAUAAUGAAUAUUCCAUUGAUUGUCAUCACGUUGUUCUUGCGUUUCCUCGGACUAUUCUUACUUUCACAUGAAACCGUUGCCUCAGUUCUUUCUAAGUUGAGGUUUUUCCAGGUCCAUCUCCUCAAUAUCAAUCCGUUCCUUAUCAUGUCAUUCAAAUUUUUCACCAACGACCUUGAUUACAUCUAUUUCGAUUCCUUGAAGUUUGCAGACAAGGUCUACGCCAAGAACCACCCGAAGGACCCCAAAAACUACACUCAGAAUCUCGAGCAACUUGAGAAAUAUACAAAGACAGUUGCUCCCGACUCCAGACCGCAAACACCAGGAUUCGUGGCACAGCAAAUCAACUCUUUCAAGUCCAAAGCUUCGUCAUUCUCUUGGGCUCCAAGAAUGACCAACCUCUCAGGAUUCACCGACUUCACCACAGCCUACGUCUACAACACAGCGUUCUCGAUCCUGUUCUUCGUUCUUGCCAAGACUCCAUACGUUGGAGGUCUUGUGUUCCCAAUAGUCACGUUCAGAAACCUCAACAGAUCGAUAGGUACAGUCUAUUCUUUAUUGAUUGUUUUUAUAACCCUGUUGUUGCCUCAGAAUUAUUCUCUUUUCCUUUUGAACACAAUCUUUGGUUCAAAACAACUCAUGAUGAUUCUGCUCAAACCAUACUUCAAAUGCUUGCCCCUUAACUCCCGUCAAAGAGAGGAGUGGUACUUAUCCAGAAUCGGGUGUCUUUAUGGAUUUAGUCUGGUGUUUUAUUUGGUUCUCAGAUUGCCUAUUGUGGGUCUGAUCGCAUUUGGUAUUGCGGAAGCAGCAACAGGACACCUAACCACCAAAAUCACCGAGCCUCCACCAGCAUCAACAGAUAAGAUUGUUGAAUGGGUUCAAGAACAAUGCUUGUGGAACAAGGAAUAUUAUGAGGAAAUCAACGAUAUCAUGGGCGAUAUAGAACCAACCAUCCCUGGGACAUUCAAGAGCGAAUAG